AUGCCGCCUGUCAAGACGUGCUGUGGAUGUCUAUACGUUGGGGCGUUGGAGCUGAUCCUGCAAGGUGACGACGAGGGCUUUUGUGGACUAUCGAGGCUUGCGACACAAUCAGACGCUGGCUUGCUACUCAACGCCGUGCCUGAGUGA